CAGCCUCUUCCUGUGUUAUUCAGGCUUUUGUGCGAGAGUGUGCUCAUAGAAGCAGAAGCCACCACAAGCAAUACACAUCACACCAAGCUCUGGACUUUCUUUAUGCUUAAAACUUUGCCUUGUGGGCUAUAUUCGCUCAUAAUUUUUACAGGAAACUUUGCUGGACAGCAGCAAACGAGAGAGUCCUCCUCUGAAGUUUGCAUAUUCGACAAACACGGCAAGACUGAAAAUAUACCUCUUUCUCAGCAAUGGAUCUUGUGCUGCUCUUAAAGAUUACAGUAUUAUUUACUUGCUUGAUCUACUGCCACCUGGAAUAAAAGGCGCAACGCUGUAAAAGGUAACACGGAUUUCUGGAACAGAGAAUUCAAAGGAAGUCAUGAAACUUCAAUUGUGGAGAUGCUAAAGACUGUAAAUUUGCAAGUGGAACGUACAGCACAUCGUGGAAACAAACUAACAGGAAAAUCGCCUGAGUGAUACCCGGAGCUGGUUUGAGAUCAUUCCUGCUGGACCUCUGGAUGACUGCAAGAGGAAGCUCCAAGCUGGCCGCACGUGUGCACAGGUAGGAGAUCGGUGACCGGUAAAUACACAGCUCGACAAAGGGCUGGUACAAUUUGCCUGACGUGUUUGGACUAUUGUCGAAGAUGGUAAACAAUACUACGCACUGUCCAGUGGAUGACGAAUUUAAGUACAUCCUGUAUGGAUGUAUAUUUAGCAUGGUGUUUGUGCUUGGCCUGAUAUCAAACUGCGUUGCUUUGUACAUCUUUAUUUGCACCUUAAAAGUGCGGAAUGAAACCACAACGUACAUGAUAAAUUUGGCCAUAUCUGACCUCCUCUUUGUGUUUACACUGCCUUUUCGGAUUUUCUACUUUGCGGCAAGGAACUGGCCUUUUGGAGACAUACUGUGCAAGAUAUCGGUGACUCUGUUUUACACCAACAUGUACGGAAGUAUCCUGUUUCUCACUUGCAUCAGUGUGGACCGUUUUUUAGCAAUUGUACAUCCAUUUCGGUCAAAGACCAUCAGGACAAAAUUGAAGGCAAAAAUUACUUGUGGGCUGGUUUGGCUUAUUGUGCUCACAGGAAGUGUCCCGGCAAGCUUUUUCAGAUCAACAAAUACAAAGAAUAACAGCUCUUCAGAGUCAUGCUUUGAGAACUUCUCUAACGAUACCUGGAAAACGUAUCUAUCAAAGAUUGUCAUUUUCAUUGAAAUCGUAGGUUUCUUCAUCCCCCUCAUACUUAACGUCUUCUGUUCAACCAUGGUAUUAAGGACUCUGAAGAAGCCAGUGACCUUAAGCAGAAGCAAGCUCAACAAAAGGAAGGUGCUAUUGAUGAUCGUUGUUCACCUGGUAAUCUUUUGCUUCUGUUUCAUACCCUAUAACAUAAAUCUGGUGCUUUACUCGCUUAUGAGAACUCAGGCUUUUAGCAACUGCUCUGUGCAAGCAGCAGUCAGGACUAUGUACCCCAUUACACUCUGCAUAGCAGUAUCAAACUGCUGCUUUGACCCCAUUAUUUACUAUUUUACAUCGGAGACCAUUCAAAAUUCUAUCAAAAAGAGGAACCGUAUUAUGAGGAAGGAUUCACGUUUCUCUGAAACCAUUGGAUCAGACAAUUUUAUUCAGCAUAACUUACAGUCUCUAAAAGCAAAAAUAUUUGAGAAUGAGUCUACCAUAUGACAAUGGCAGCUUUCUGCAGUAUGUAAGCGGCUUUAGGCACUAACAAGCUAAAUACUGUUUAUACGAAAACUGGUACAGUAUACUGUACCAUCACAAGGCAUGUCUGUUUAGGGAAACUAUGAGAAGCCCUAAAUGAAUGUUAGAAGUCUUUGGAGCUUUUGCACAAGGUGGCUGCAUGGAGGUUACAGGGGGUCUUACAUCUGUUGGGGGAUGGACAGAACAGGAUACACAUGAUGAAAAAAAUGGUGGAUUCUUUCUUAAAACAGGAAAAGCCAACUAAAACCCCAACAUAAAUAAAAUGUCUGUCCACGUCCUCAGUAUACUUCACUGGAGGUCUGGAUCAUCUUAACAUAGAUUUACAAUGGAAAAUUUAAACAGUAUUUUUCUAAAACAAAUCCACUGCUGGUCACUCUAAAAUAGAUGUUGUUCCUUAAAAAUAUAGGUGCAGCCUUGGCUUUGUGAUCUCCAACCCGCAGCAAGGUAAAGUCCACCAGUCUUGUGAUUAAAAUGUGUGAAAUAGUAGAGCUGCUAUCACCUCAACAGGCAUGAGGUUAAAAAAAAGAAUCUAGCUUCUACUUAGUUGUUAGGAGGUUUCAGUAUUUGCAUGAAUGGCUGCUGUUCACAUAUAGUAUGCAUAUUUAAAAUUUGUUGCUGCUGAACAAUUUACAAAGCAGCCAAGCUCUGUCUGCAUAUUUGGGAGGAAAAGAAUGGUAAUAACAGUAUCCUUCUUAUAGAAGGCAAAUUCAUUUAGUAUAUUACUGAAUGCCAGAAUUGCAUUUUACAUGCCAAAUGCCCUUUAUAAACACUGUAUAUGUAAAAUUGUAAUCUAUUCUACUCUGUAGUGACUGAAUUGUGAAUGUAUUUAAAGUUGGCACUUUAUACACAAUGAAAUGGUCAACUGCUGUUCUGUUCCAUUAAAAUAUUGUCUUCAGAAGUAAAAUCUUUAGUUAUUAA